UUUUGCAUCUAAUAGUUUUCUUGUUUUAGGGGUAAAAAUAUUUCCAUCAUGGCUCAUUCAAAGACAAGAACCAAUGAUGGAAAAAUUACCUAUCCUCCUGGUGUCAAGGAAAUCUCAGACAAAAUAUCUAAAGAAGAGAUGGUGAGACGGUUAAAGAUGGUUGUGAAAACUUUCAUGGAUAUGGACCAGGACUCUGAAGAGGAAAAGGAGCUUUAUUUAAACCUAGCUUUACAUCUUGCUUCAGACUUUUUCCUCAAGCAUCCUGACAAAGAUGUUCGCUUACUGGUAGCCUGCUGCCUUGCUGAUAUUUUCAGGAUUUAUGCUCCUGAAGCUCCUUAUACGUCCCCCGAUAAACUAAAGGAUAUAUUUAUGUUUAUAACAAGGCAGUUGAAGGGGCUAGAGGAUACAAAGAGCCCACAAUUCAAUAGGUAUUUUUAUUUACUUGAGAACAUUGCUUGGGUCAAGUCGUAUAACAUAUGCUUUGAGUUGGAAGAUAGCAAUGAAAUUUUUACCCAGUUAUACAGAACGUUAUUUUCAGUUAUAAACAAUGGCCACAAUCAGAAAGUUCAUAUGCACAUGGUAGACCUCAUGAGUUCUAUUAUUUGUGAAGGAGAUACAGUAUCUCAGGAGCUUUUGGAUACGGUUUUGGUGAAUCUGGUACCUGCCCAUAAGAAUUUAAACAAGCAAGCAUAUGAUUUGGCAAAGGCUUUACUGAAGAGGACAGCUCAAGCUAUUGAACCAUAUAUUACCAAUUUUUUUAAUCAGGUUCUGAUGCUUGGGAAAACAUCUAUCAGUGAUUUGUCAGAGCAUGUCUUUGACUUGAUUUUGGAGCUCUAUAAUAUUGAUAGCCAUUUGCUGCUCUCAGUUUUACCCCAGCUUGAAUUUAAAUUGAAGAGCAAUGAUAAUGAGGAACGCCUACAAGUUGUUAAACUACUGGCAAAAAUGUUUGGGGCAAAGGAUUCAGAAUUGGCCUCUCAAAACAAACCGCUCUGGCAGUGUUACUUGGGCAGGUUUAAUGACAUUCAUGUACCAAUCCGCCUGGAAUGUGUGAAAUUUGCUAGCCAUUGUCUCAUGAACCAUCCUGAUUUAGCAAAGGACUUAACAGAGUAUCUUAAAGUGAGGUCACAUGAUCCUGAGGAAGCUAUUAGACAUGAUGUUAUUGUGUCUAUAGUCACAGCUGCUAAAAAGGAUAUUCUUCUGGUCAAUGAUCACUUGCUUAAUUUUGUGAGAGAGAGAACAUUAGACAAACGGUGGAGAGUGCGCAAAGAGGCAAUGAUGGGACUUGCCCAGAUUUAUAAGAAAUAUGCUUUACAAUCAGCAGCUGGAAAAGAUGCUGCAAAGCAGAUUUCAUGGAUCAAAGACAAAUUGCUACAUAUAUAUUAUCAAAACAGUAUUGAUGAUAGAUUGCUUGUUGAACGGAUCUUUGCUCAGUACAUGGUCCCCCACAAUUUGGAAACUACAGAACGGAUGAAAUGCUUAUAUUACUUGUAUGCCACACUGGACUUAAAUGCUGUGAAAGCAUUAAAUGAAAUGUGGAAAUGUCAAAAUCUGCUCAGACAUCAAGUAAAGGAUUUGCUUGACUUAAUUAAGCAACCUAAAACAGAUGCCAGUGUCAAGGCAAUAUUUUCAAAAGUGAUGGUUAUUACAAGAAAUUUGCCAGAUCCUGGUAAGGCGCAGGAUUUCAUGAAGAAAUUCACACAGGUGUUAGAAGAUGAUGAGAAAAUAAGAAAACAGUUAGAAGUACUUGUCAGUCCAACAUGUUCCUGCAAGCAGGCUGAAGGUUGUGUGCGUGAAAUAACUAAGAAGUUGGGCAACCCCAAACAGCCUACAAAUCCUUUUCUGGAAAUGAUCAAGUUUCUCUUGGAGAGGAUAGCACCUGUGCAUAUAGAUACUGAAUCUAUCAGUGCUCUUAUAAAGCAAGUGAACAAAUCAAUAGAUGGAACAGCAGAUGAUGAAGAUGAAGGUGUUCCAACUGAUCAAGCCAUCAGAGCAGGUCUUGAACUACUUAAGGUACUCUCAUUUACACAUCCCAUCUCGUUUCAUUCUGCUGAAACAUUUGAGUCUCUCCUGGCUUGUCUGAAAAUGGAUGAUGAAAAAGUAGCAGAAGCUGCACUCCAGAUUUUCAAAAACACAGGAAGCAAAAUUGAAGAGGAUUUCCCACACAUCAGAUCAGCUUUGCUUCCUGUUUUACAUCACAAAUCUAAAAAAGGACCCCCCCGUCAAGCCAAAUAUGCUAUUCAUUGUAUCCAUGCGAUAUUUUCUAGUAAAGAGACCCAGUUUGCGCAGAUAUUUGAGCCUCUGCAUAAGAGCCUAGAUCCAAGCAACCUGGAACAUCUCAUAACACCGCUGGUCACUAUCGGUCACAUUGCUCUCCUCGCACCAGAUCAGUUUGCUGCUCCUUUGAAGUCUUUGGUAGCUACUUUCAUUGUGAAAGAUCUCCUCAUGAAUGAUCGGCUUCCAGGAAAAAAGACAACUAAACUUUGGGUUCCAGAUGAAGAAGUUUCACCUGAGACAAUGGUCAAAAUUCAGGCUAUUAAAAUGAUGGUUCGAUGGCUACUUGGAAUGAAAAAUAAUCACAGUAAAUCAGGAACUUCUACUUUAAGAUUGCUCACAACGAUAUUGCAUAGUGAUGGAGACUUGACAGAACAGGGGAAAAUUAGUAAACCAGAUAUGUCACGCCUGAGACUUGCUGCUGGGAGUGCUAUUGUGAAGCUGGCACAAGAACCCUGUUACCAUGAAAUUAUCACAUUAGAACAGUAUCAGCUAUGUGCGUUAGCUAUCAAUGAUGAAUGCUAUCAAGUAAGACAAGUUUUUGCUCAGAAGCUUCACAAAGGCCUUUCUCGAUUACGGCUUCCACUUGAGUAUAUGGCAAUCUGUGCACUUUGUGCAAAAGAUCCCGUAAAAGAAAGAAGAGCCCAUGCCAGGCAGUGUCUGGUAAAAAAUAUCAAUGUGAGACGCGAGUAUCUGAAGCAGCAUGCAGCUGUUAGUGAAAAAUUACUGUCUCUUCUACCUGAGUAUGUUGUUCCAUAUACAAUUCACCUUUUGGCACAUGACCCAGAUUAUGUCAAAGUACAGGAUAUUGAACAACUUAAAGAUGUUAAAGAGUGUCUUUGGUUCGUUCUGGAAAUAUUAAUGGCAAAGAAUGAAAAUAACAGCCAUGCAUUUAUCAGAAAGAUGGUAGAAAAUAUUAAACAAACAAAAGAUGCUCAAGGACCAGAUGAUGCAAAAAUGAAUGAAAAACUGUAUACUGUGUGUGAUGUUGCCAUGAAUAUCAUCAUGUCAAAAAGCACCACAUACAGUUUGGAAUCUCCUAAAGACCCAGUACUACCUGCUCGUUUUUUCACCCAACCUGACAAGAACUUCAGUAACACCAAAAAUUAUCUGCCUCCAGAAAUGAAAUCAUUUUUCACUCCUGGAAAACCUAAAACAACCAAUGUUCUAGGAGCUGUUAAUAAGCCGCUUUCAUCAGCAGGCAAACAAUCGCAGACAAAAUCAUCACGAAUGGAAACUGUAAGCAAUGCAAGCAGUAGUUCAAAUCCAAGCUCUCCUGGGAGAAUAAAAGGGAGGCUUGAUAGUUCUGAAAUGGAUCACAGUGAAAAUGAAGAUUACACAAUGUCUUCACCUUUGCCAGGAAAAAAAAGUGACAAGAGAGACGACUCUGAUCUUGUAAGGUCUGAAUUGGACAAGCCUAGAAGCCGGAAGAAAACACCUGUAACAGAUUCAGAAGAGAAAUUAGGCAUGGAUGACCUGACUAAGUUGGUCCAGGAACAGAAACCUAAAGGCAGUCAGCGUGGACGGAAGAGAGGCCAUACGGCUUCAGAAUCAGAUGAACAGCAGUGGCCUGAGGAAAAGAGGCUUAAAGAAGAUAUUUUAGAAAAUGAGGAUGAACAGAAUAGUCCACCAAAAAAAGGUAAAAGAGGACGGCCACCAAAACCUCUUGGUGGAGGUACACCCAAAGAGGAGCCAACAAUGAAAACUUCUAAAAAAGGAAGCAAAAAAAAAUCGGGACCAUCAGCAGUGGAAGAAGAGGAAGAAGAAGAAAGACAAAGUGGAAACACAGAGCAGAAGUCAAAAAGCAGACAGCACCGAACUUCAAGGAGAGCACAACAGAGCAGAGCAGAAUCUCCUGAAACUAGUGCAGUUGAAUCCACACAAUCCACCCCACAGAAAGGACGAGGAAGACCAUCAAAAACGCCAUCACCAUCCCAACCCAAAAAAAAUGUCCGUGUAGGACGCUCCAAACAAGCAGCUACUAAAGAAAAUGAUUCAAGUGAAGAAGUAGAUGUGUUUCAGGGUAGCUCUCCUGUCAAUGAUGAUAACCCACAGGAAGAAACAGAGGAAGAGGAAGUUUCUACAGUAAAUGUGCGGCGGCGAAGUUCUAAAAGAGAAAGGCGGUGAACAAAUGUCUUUAAUAACUUUCUGUGAGAAAGCUUUGAAAAAAUUUUUUUGUCAAGCUUCAGGCUGAGUAAAGCCUUUGAUGCACAAAAUGGGACUGCUGAAGAGUGGACAGUUGGACCUUACUCUGAUGACCUUAUGUAUUUGUGGUCACACGCUUUAGCCAUGCGCAUGGUGAUAACAUUGACUAUGGAGUCUUGUGAAAAAGUGUAAUGUGCGAUGGCUCUGUAGACACAAACUAAAGAAGAAUCUUGUAAAUAUAUUUUUUCUUUCUUUUUCUUUCUUUCUUUCUUUCUUUCUUUCU